CAGCGAGUAGGUAAAAAAACCCAGUCGCCAAAACUCUAUGAAAAUCGUGAAAAUUUGCCAAAUGGUUUGAGAGGCUGGUAUGUACAUAGACUUCUUGUAAAUGCUGUUGCAAUGUGGGCUUCGCCUCGUUAUGCUUGGUAUAUUUACAGACUUCUUGACGAAAUUCAUAGACAAGAACGUGAAGAGCUAGAGAACAAGCUUGAAGCAAAAGACAAAAACAUUCAGAAAAGAAUACCACGUUCGGUACCAAAAGGAAAGGAAAAGAACUAUAAGUAUAUGAUUUAUACUGAAGAGAUGGAAAAUGAAGAAGACAGAGAUAUGGUUAUGUUGCAUUUAGUCAGAAGAAACAACAAAAGCUUUUACGACCUUGCUAAGAUUUACAAAUCUGACAGAAAUUGGUUCUAUCGCGAAAACUUACCGAUUUCAAUGACACCAAAUGAUGAUGUGAAACAAAUAGUUCAAGAUACGUUACCUCAAACACACUAUGAUAUUAAAGGUUGUACAAUACUUACCUUCAAAGAAGAUUUGCCGCUACUGAAAGAAAAAAUAACAGAGUAUUUUGACAACUUCAAAAAGAGUAA